AUGUCGACACAGAGUAAGGUAGUAAAGAAUGGGCGCGAGAAGGCAGAGGAGCCGACGGAUGUUGACAUUGAGUUGAAGAAUCAGAAGAAGCGUUUGGUUUAUAGCGCGAUGUCUGAAGAGGACCUCCACAGCAUUCGCAAAGCAAUGGCUUCGAUUCCCAAUGCUAAGGAGCUCCCUCAGUCUACACUUCACGAGCCCAACGACCUCAUCAUCCAGCCCUUGCGAACGCCCGAGACCAAGCACGCCCGGAUUGGGAAGGGGAUAGACUCUCGCGCUUUGAAGCGCAAGAGAACGGAUGAGGAGAUUGAGACGGCGGAGACACGAGCUCUAGAGGAGCAUUAA